AUGUGAUGAGGAUGGCGACUCAAAGCUCUCACGGCCCUUUUAUUUAAUUUCCAUUAUUUCGCGCGAUGUCUUCUUCGGAGAGCGGUACAGGCGCCGUCCGAGGAGAGAUAAGAGUUAACGUUACCGCAGUAACGAGAGCUCGGGGACACCAGUCACUGCGGAGAGACAUCUACACGAACAAGUAGUGAGAGUUGUGAACUGAGAAGACCAUGUUGAAAGGGGGCACUGCCAAGGCGGCACUGCCCAGGAUGGGAGCCCCGGAGCGUGCAAAGCUGUCUACCACCAGCUCCCAGAGCACAUACUCCAGCAACAUUGGAAUGAAGACCUCUAGAUCAUCCAGCACCAUUGCCUCUGAUCUGCGACUCAGCAAGAUAAAAAGAGCGAGCAGUGAUGAUACUCUGGCUAAACCUGUUCAGGGUACAGGGGCUUCAGUGUCCCGAAUAAAGAAGACCGUCACCACAGGAGCCAUCUCUGAACUUUCAGACAACAGACCACGCAGCACUUCAAGUGUCCAGUCAACCAAAAAGUCAGGGAUCCCAGCUCCUCGUGAGAUCCCACAAAGCAUCUCCAGAGAGCGUGUCUCAUUGCGUGACCAACAGAAAAGCACUACAGCCAAAAAGAUGGUCACCAGUGCCAGCACCUCCAGUCUGUCCACGCUGACCAAGCAUUCACGUGGCUCUGUCAAGACCAAAGCAGAAACUGUUGCUUUUGACAAAAACCUACUGGAGAGUCAGGUGAGGGAGCUUCUGACUGAGGCCAAAACCAAAGAGUUCGAGAUUAGUAAGUUACGGAUGGAGCUCCAGCGGCAUAAAGGGAAGGAUUCACCAUCAGAGGUUGGGACACCAGAGGGGAAUUCAGAGAUAGAAAAUACACCGGCACAGUCUGGAGACAUCCAGGUGCUUGUAGGGGAACUGAGGGAGAAGAACGGACGUUUCCAGCGUGAGUUGGCCACUUUGCGGGAAGAAAAUCAGGCUUUGAAGCAGAAGCUUAUUACACUGGAGAAUUCCACAACACUGGUUACCAGUUCUAGCAAGCAUUCAGUUAAUGGGGUUGACCCCAAAGGCUCACCUAUACACUCCUCAGAAUCCUCUGAGUUUGAGAAGAUUCCCUCACUCUCCGACUCAGUCAGUAGCAGCAUUAAGAGUGUUGUGCCCAGUGGUACAGUGAAAGAGCUCUCAGUGGCAUCCCUGACAGACCGCAUCCAGAAGAUGGAAGAGAGUCACCACAGUACAGCCGAAGAGCUUCAGGCCACUCUUCAGGAGCUGGCCGACCAGCAACAGGUUGUCCAGGAGCUAACAGCUGAGAAUGAGCGUCUGGUGGAAGAGAAGGGCCUUUUACAAACUUCCUUACAGCAGCAAAGAGAGCGUGUAGAACUUUUGGCGCAACAGAAUGAGUCCCUUCUCCAGAGGGUCAGAGAACAAGCUCAGUGUAAUGAAGCUGAGGCUUCACGUGCCUCUCGGAUUGCAGAGCUUGAACAGCGCUUGGCUGAGCAAGUGGAGAGCUCCCACUUUGAAAGAGAGAAGCUAGUAGACAUCCAGCAGCAGCUGACAGGGAGUCUUAGAGCUUUGGAAAUGGAGAAUCAGGAGGCACAAAUUGCUGUGAAGAGCUUAAAAGAAGAAGUAGAGCUUCUUCAAGGGCAUCUGGAGGAUGAGAAGGUUGCUAAAGAUGAGGCGGAGAGGAAAACUGAGGAACAGCGGCUAGCCACAGAGGCUCUGAGAGCGGAGAGUGCUAGUCUGAAAGCACAAGUGGAGGUGGAGCGGCAGAAGAUAGCUGAACUCAAGGCAGUGCAGAGCGCCAGUGACAACACAGAGUUGCAAAGUCUGCUCAAAGCAGCGCAUGAAGAUAGAGACAGACUGGAGCUGAGCUGCAUGGAGCUACGACAAGAGCUACAGCAGGUGGAGGCAGACAGGCAGCAGCUGCUGGAGAGGGUGGAGAAACAGGAACAGGAUCAUAAAGCCAGCAUGCUCACUUUAGAUGAGAAGAACAGAGAUGCUGAGAACCAGAUCAAGGACCUGAAAGAGACCAUCUUUGAGUUGGAGGACCAGGUGGAGCAGCAACGUGCAGUUAGAUUGCACACCAACCAGACCAUCCUGGACCUGGAGAAUCAAAUCAAAAGGCUGGAAGAAAACAAGGCUGAGCUGGAGAAGCAGAUUAAAGCCAUGAAUAAACAGAUGAAGGAUGAGACGGAGGAGUGGCGCCGUUUCCAGGCUGACCUCCAGACAGCAGUAGUGGUGGCCAAUGACAUAAAGGUGGAAGCUCAGCAGGAGCUGCGCACGCUGCACAGACGUCUGCAGGAGGAGCAGGAGCACAGCGCAAGACUGGCUUCAGAGUUGGAGCAGAUCCAGGGCGCCAGGUCAUGGACCGAAGACGUUAGUCUCUCUGACACAGAUGGCAGUCCUCACUGGAGCCGAAUGACCGUUUCCCAGAAUGCAACUGGUGGUUACCUAACCAAUGGCAAUGGGAGCGGAAGCAGCAUGUCCUCAGAACCAGGAGCCAUGGUCAAAUCUCUCAUCAAAUCUUUUGACACAGCUGUGCCGAAUGGACCCAGCAGUUCAGUACAGAUGCAUACAUCUCCCAGAAGCCCCCUGAGUGGCAUACCAGUCCGUACAGCCCCUGCUGCUGCUGUCUCACCCAUUCAGAGACACUCUGGAAUCAAGCCACUGUCAAAGACCCUUGUGAAAAAAAUCGCCUUUGGAGAUUUCCCCCACAAUGGGUCAUGUGACCAACUGAAGCCCUCGUCUCUUAUGAGGAAGAGUCCAUCCCUCGAGUCUGUGAUUAAAACUCCAGCUCACUUCAAUGGCCAUCAAUCCUCUUUUACUCACAACAGAGCCAACAGCAAACUCAAUGUGGAAAGAACAGACCCUCUGUCUGCCCUGGCGCGGGAGUAUGGUGGAUCUAAGAGGAACGCUUUACUGAAGUGGUGCCAGAAGAAAACAGAGGGCUAUCCGAAUAUAGAUGUGACAAACUUCAGCAGCAGUUGGAGUGAUGGCUUGGCAUUCUGUGCUCUGUUACACACCUAUCUGCCUGCACACAUCCCUUACCAAGAGCUCAUCAGCCAAGACAAGGGGCGUAAUCUCACCCUGGCUUUCCAAGCAGCUGAAAGCAUUGGUAUCAAACCCUCUCUGGACAUUGAUGAAUUGAUGCACACAGACCGACCGGACUGGCAAAGUGUCAUGCAAUAUGUAUCUCAGAUAUAUAAGUACUUUGAGACUUAAUUUUUCACUGGAAGAAAGGAAGAGGAAGGGGAAGAUGAGGGCACAGAUGCACUUUUAUUUUCCUGGUCCAGUUCUCACUUCACAGUGUCUCUAAAUAUACAAACACACACAGUUCUGUAAGUGUUCACACAGUCAGGUUCUCUGUCUAAAUACAUAUCAUAAUCAGUUUAAUAGUCACACAUACACAUACACACAAUCCUUCAAGUCUCAAACAACAUCUCUUUUCCUUACAAUUCGUGUCAUAUAGACCUAACUCAGUUUUUUAAGUUUCUUACAGAGUGCAGGUUUGCAAUCUUGCACUGAAACUGAUAGUUUUUUAGUAUGCUAAAAAUUUUCUAAGAGUACAAGUGUAGCUACUAAUCCUUAUAGAGAGUAUUAUUACCCAAAUCUAUAUAUUGACAUACUUAUAUAUUGAUAUACUUACAAAGUAUUUUUUUAAAUGUUUGGUUUUCCCACAAAUAAUUUUAAAGAUGUAAUCAUUUCUAAUUUGUAAUACAUGUUGGUAAAAUGUCAAACCUGAAGUAUGAAAAUAAAUUGAAUCUGUUUUGUUGAAAAGUUGUAGUUUGUCACUCAGAGAGACAACCAACGAACCUUAAAAAUGUCCCAAUUAUUUAACACUCUUGUGCAUUUACGUAUUCCGUAUCACAUACAAACACUAAGAUUAUUUCUAUAUUACUCGAGUUAUUUAUUUCCUGAAAAAUGCCAGAAAGUCAUUGUCUGAUUGAAUAUUAUGAGACCAUUUCAAACAACCAUUAUUGAUUCUUUAACACUUUUUGUGCCUGCUUAAAUUAGAUGGAAUGUGUUUAAAUAAAAGGUAUUAAGCAAUGUUUAAAAAAGUAUCAAUAUUGGAAAAAUACUCUCACAAGAAUGUGUUUAGGCUGGUCAGCAGUGUAAAUUGUGCCAAAUUUGAACCAAAACUGUUAAUUCAAACUCAACAGAAGGAAAAACAGUACUUAUAAAAGCAGACAGCAUCUGUGUUUUCAAAUGUUUUCUUACUGGAAAUGCUAUUUAUUGAUUCUUUUCUCUUAAAUAUUUAGAUCACAAAGGACUCUGUGUGUUUUUUUCUAUUUGAAACUUCAGUUUUGCUUCAUGCUUGAUGAUAAUGGUAAUAAAGGUUUUUGCCAUCAUA